AUGCCAAGCCCUUCAAUAAUCUCCCGCUCUUCGUCCUACCCGCAGUUCACAAAGACAUGGUCUUCGCUGUACACUUUCCCGGAAAACCUCCCUCCGGCCAACCACUCUGCAUGCUCAGCUCCAGCAUCGAAGUUAACUUCUGCCAAGCUCUCCUUGGGCACGAAGAUCAGAAAACUCAUGGGGCGGAGGGGGAAUUCGAACUUGACAGAGCAAAGCCUCCAGGCUCACAAUAACGCGCACGUUGAGGGAGAUGUGAUCAAGCUUCACAAGAGAGUAGAGCAAGUUAGUCUUCAAGACUAUUAUAAAGCUGAGCAGGAGAGAAGCUCAAAGUAUAGUCCCUAUUACAUUAGGGGACUCACGUACCCGGCCUUCGUUGUCCCUAAGCAUCCAAGUAGUACUCCCGGGCGCGAAAGCCAUACUUCUCAUCGUUCUUGGACCUCAUUCUCCACCUUCUUUUCGGGGUUCAAAAUGCGAGAGUGGAGCUCUUGCAUUGGUUCGAAAAGAGAGGAUUACAACAAACUUAGGCCGGAAAUGUACACUGCGAUAAAACCCCCCAAACCACCUGUAAUUAACUCCUCAUCAUCGACAGUUACAGAGAUUUCUUUGGUGGAGAGCAAAGAGAGGAAGGAGGUUGGGAGGAGUAGCAAUGAAUCUAACAAAAAGAAGCCCUUGAGAGAGAGAGUGAGAACAGAAGCAGCAACAGCUGCUGCUUCGGCUACGCCGAGAAAUGAUCAAAUUAAGGUGACGAGUGUCGCUGAAAAGGAGUAUGCGUGGGCAGACAAGUACCAGCCUCUGUGCUUAGAAGAUUUCAUAUGCAAUAGAGACAAAGCAAUUCAACUGCAGGCUUUGGCCAAACAAGGAGGAUGUGGACAUUUCAUAUUUGAAGGACCGCCGGGAGUGGGGAAGAGAACGAUGAUCUGGGCUAUGCUUCGAGAGGCUUUUGGACGCGACACAAUAAAUGCCACGGAAGAGUCCAAGGCAUUCAAACUCAAGGGGGAAAUGUUAGGUAGCAUAGAAGUACAUGUAAAGCAAUCCCCACAACAUGUGGAAGUGAAUCUCUCUGAACUGAAGGGCUACGAGAAGCAUGUCAUUGUGGAACUCAUGAGAGAGACACAGGACAAUAUGCUGAACAAGUCUGUGCCAUGCAGCCUUGACAACUGCCGAGCAAUAAUCUUAUACGAGGCGGACAAGCUGUCGACCGAUGCCCUACUGUAUAUAAAGUGGCUUUUAGAAAGGUAUAAAGGGUGUAAUAAGGUCUUCUUCUGCUGCUCUGAUAUCUCAAAGCUUCAGGCAAUCAAAUCGCUUUGCACCAUCGUUGAGCUUUUACCUCCUUCCAAGAAUGAGAUUGUUGAAGUUUUAAAAUUCAUAUCUAAAAAAGAAGGCAUAGAUUUGCCAGAUGAACUGGCUGAAAGGUUUGCCCAAAAUUCGAGUAAUAGUCUCCGUCAAGCCAUUCGUUCAUUCGAGGCUACUUGGAAGAAAAGCUAUCCUUUUAAAGAAGAUCAAGUAAUUCUGACUGGUUGGGAAGAUAACAUUGCAGAUAUUGCCAAGAAUAUGAUUGAAGAGCAAAGCCCAAAACAGCUGUAUAUAGUCCGCGGAAAGCUUCAAAAUCUUAUAGUUCAUUCUGUUUGUCCGGAAUUCAUUUUCAAAUCCCUAGUAGCACAGCUGAAGAAGUACGUGGACGACAGCCUGCAGGAUCGAGUUGAGAGCAUGUACGACGAAUACAACAGGAACGACGAAAAUAUGUUUGAGAGUGGCAAAGCACUGGCACCCGGUCGGCACGAUCAUGAGGAAACCGGUAAAAGGCUCACUGAUCAGUCCAGAAAGCAUAUUCAGCAGUUCUUGAGAAUUGAAGUUCAGAUUCACAGUCUAACAACAUAA